AUGCGAGAUUCUCAAAGCUUAGAAUUUAAGGAGUUGGAGAACACGGUCCCGCUGAGCUUGUACCUGAAGUGCAUUGGCCGCCUCUUCUGCAACAGAGGUCCCGACUGCAAGCAAAUUGCGGUCUCCCUGCUGGUGAACAUCGAGCCAGCCAUUAGCGCGCUUGAGGGCGCGCCUCGAAUUGAGAUUCAGCCUCUAGGCUGCAUGAUGAGAUGCAGUCCCAACCCUAAAGGGCCCCAAGGUCCCAAGAAAUGA